CGAAGACGUGGGAGCAGUACUUGCGCACAGCCGACUUGCAACGUGACGUGUUUGCGUUUGCGUGUCGUGUGUGAGAGAGUGUGCAGACGGAAGCAGCCGGCGAGUAAGCAGGUGUGGCAUGGACAAGGACCCAGGUGGCCUGAGCGGCGCCGGGCCGAGCAGCUGUGCAGGAGGAAGCAGGGAGACGAUGGCUGUCGGGAGAGCUGGGGGAGACCGCGAGGUCGCACUGCAGCUCCACCGAGAGCUGAAUGGAGAGCUUGUGGGUGCGGGCGGCGGAGGGAUGGCACUCCAGACGGAUGUCGGAGGUGUGGCGAUGAGCUCGAACCGGGGCCUACUGACCUCGACGCCGCCGCCGCCGUCGCCCACGGCGGUCUCGCUAAUGGGCCGCGAGUCGUUGCUGGAGGCGCUUGCGGCAGUGUCGCGUAGUGAAGGUAAGGGCGAGGGGGCCAGCAGAGCUGACUCGUCGUCAUCAUCGUCGUCUGCGGUGCAACUGGACGCUGCCGUGGCCGAGUCGCUCAUCGAGCGGGUGGCGAGCGAAGCCCGGCUGCGGCCGCGGCUUUCUGCGCAGGCAUCGCGACGAGUCGAGCUGGACGUGACGCGAGUGCGCAAGCUCAAGUACAAGAACGUGCGAGUAGAGCGGAGCAAGGAGGCUGACGAUGUGGUCAAGGUGUGGGUUGCGGGGAGUGAGGGGCGGGCCGGGGAUGGUGCGGUGUUUGCGGGCGUCUGGCUCGAGUUUGACGUCAUCUUUCCAGCCGACUAUCCGUGGAGUGCACCCGGAGUGACGCUGGUGACUGGAGCCGGAAGCGGGGCAGUGGUGCAUCCGCAUCUGCGGCCGCCACAGCCGUUGGCACUUCCUGUCCUCGGCAACUGUCCAGGAUGGGAGGGGCGUGGACCGGUUUGGACGCCGUCGUCGACGCUCGAGUCGAUUGUGGUCUCGCUGGUGGCGCUACUCUCGCCACGGCCAUGGGCCGAGGCGGGCGUGUUUGGCGGAAGCAGCGGCGGCAGCAGUGAAGGCGAGCUAGUUGCGGCGCAGAUCGCCUUGCACCAAGUUCUCCGAUUCUGCGUGUGCGAGCCAAUGGAGGAGCACUUGAAUGGAGGCGGCGUUCACGAGCUGGCUGCCGAGCAGAUUUUUGGCCUCCGGUGUGUCGGUCUCAUGAGCCAUGUGGACGAGUGGUGUGAGCUGUGCAGGCUCUGGGCGCCGGAUGUGGACGGGCUGUUGUUGGAGGACCCGCUGCGGCUCAACGUAGGCGUCUUUGACUUUGCCGAGCUGCUUGCGCGGCUUGAUGCGUUGCGAACGGUGGCUGCAUCACUUGCGUGAUGGGUGUCUGCGUGGCGGUGGCGAGUGUGGAGGGUGUGUCGGCGGUGACCUGAACUGUUCAGGCACGUGCUCGAUCGCUACGAGUCGGCACGCGUGCGGGGGCUAGGCGGCUGUGACGGAUUGGUACGAAUCUGAGGGAAACGCAUUCGCUUUUCUUCAAUUUGAACAAACAGAUGAAGGUCAUUAAGGUGGUCCUCGUGGCCCUUGUUGUUCUGGCCAUUGUGUUUGAUCCUGUUGACGCUUGCUCUCGUCGCCGUCGCCGACGCCGCCGCCCGCCGCCUCCCACGCCUUCGCCGACGCCGGCACCGACGCCUGCUCCCUCGCCGCCGCCGCCACCGCCGCCGUCGCCGCCUCCGUCACCGCCGCCGUCUCCUCCCCC